AUGUCUGCUAUAGAAUACCGACCCAAGACUGAAUAUAUCCGUCGCCAUGGUGGAAACCCAAGGUUUGCGCGGAUCAAAAAAGCCAGAAUCUGGCAGAUGGCCGCCAUCUAUGUUACCGCUUGUAGAGCCACCAAAGUCACAGAGCGAGAGGUCAAGACUGUCAUUGUGCAGGAGGUAGCUUUCCGGCCGGAGAUCCGAGUGGAUGACGCCUUUUAUAUGGAUGUAAUGGACAGCUUCCGCGGCUUGAUGGCACCAUUUUACGCGCAGCGCUGGGUCAGUCGUGCCAACGUGCUGGUCGAUGUAUGCUUGCAGGUCACCACCACUGGCUUCAGCGAAUAG